AUGGGGGGUUCGAGAAGGAGUUACAAGCGUUCGAAGGCGAAGGUAAAAGUUGGACUGCGGAAGAAAAACCCUCGAAUAUUCAAACCGGCAUUCCAUCUCCCACCGAAAUUGAAGACUCUUUUGGACCCGGAUUCAAAAUGGGACGAGAAGGCCAGCGUAAUCGAGAAUUACAAGUCAUUUGGCGUUGUUUCGAACCCUAAUCUGCUCGGAGUCCGCUCUCGCACCCCUCACAUGGUCGAGAGCGACGCCCUCCAGGUCCCUGCCCAAGACGCCACCCCAGUGGAUGAGUUUGAGCCCAUAGAUUCCGGUAGCGACCUCGAAGAAGAUGACUUGAAGUCAGCCCUUGGCAAGAAACGGACAGAUGGGAAGCAUGCGCCCCUUCAACCACUGACAAAAAUCCAACGAAUUCAUGUUGGUCGAUUGGUGGAAAAAUAUGGAGAUGACUAUCAGAGCAUGUUCAUGGAUAUCAAAUUAAACAAGAUGCAACAUUCAGUAGCGACACUGGAGAAACUAUGCAAACGAUAUCAUAUGUACAAAGAUAAGAACCCCUUGAUAGUUUGUUCUUGA